UUGUGCACUCAACAAAGUUAAUAGUUCGACAAAUUCAAUGUGUUUUAUUUUUAAUUUAAUUGCUCCCGCAUACUUAAACGUUCGAAAUUAAGUGUAUUGUUUAUUGUGUAAAUUCUAAUUCGAAAAAUAAUUUGUUCAGUGAUAUUAUUUUAGUGUUUUGUGAUAUUUGUUUGAAUUCAGCAACUCAAAAAUGGAUAACAUCAAAAUGUAUUGGUGUGCAGGAAAUGAUUUCUGGUUUAUUUAAAUUACUGGAAGAUGACAAAAGACGCCGCAAACAUAAUCCAAAUAGUGCACAAAAAACAAAACGUUAUUACGCAAGAAGACAGCAACAGAUCUCAAAAAAAUCAACUCUAAACAGUGACAGCGAAAAUGAUGAUAUUAUGAUUGGCUCGUUACCGAACAAUCAAAUAUUGUACGCGAAUUCAGAACGUAUUUAUUCAGUGCAAAAUACAAAAAAUAUGAAAUUAAAAUCGUGCUUUGGUGGUUCAAUGGACGAUAAAGAUGAUACUGCCUAUGUAAAAGCAACCCCGGAAUUUCGUAAACAAAUUUUAUGCGUUUGUCCAUCUAAAGAGGAACAUUACAAACGAAAACAAAAUGGACUUGAUUGUCCUCUUUCAUGUACAAACGUUAUUAAUGAAUAUAAGGCUACACGAAUGACCUUAUUACGGGAAAAAUGUGAUAAAAAUGGAAUUGAUAAACGAGUGGAAAAGACAAUAACACGGUUUGAUAAUGAAAUUCGGCGCUCAGUGAUAUUUUCCUCAACAUCCACAGAUAAUAGCACAGAGAAUGUACGUAAGAAUCGUAAAUUAAAGAAGAAAAUUAGACGACCUGGAGAAAAUGAUGAUAACUAUGGGGGAUCAUCGACUGAUAAUGAAGCCGAAGAUGAUUCAAAUCAAACAUUUACAUCCAUUACAACAACAACAUCAUCGGAGCAAUUAGAGGAUACGAUAAGUGGGAGAUAUGAGGAACAUUUUGAACGUAGUAUGGAAAAUUUGGAUCAAAUUGGUGGCGAGUCUGAUGAAUGUUUACGUACAAAAGAUGUUAGUUUUAAUGAAGUCGAUGUUUCUGGUGUUGAUCUAAAUAAUCGGUUAACGCAUAUUUCAACAAAAAGUAAUUCAGAUUCACAGUUGGAACGAAACAGUGAUUUUCGUAAAAGUUUAAAAUGUUAUAAUAAUCAGAGUAAUAGUUUAGAACAAAAUUUAGUGCCAAAUAAUAGAAAGUCAACAUAUGACGCUAAGUGUUUAGAAAUACUCAAGGAAUUAAUUCACACGGAAAGGAAUUAUGUAGAUUCGUUAAAAUGUGUUGUUGAGGAUUAUUUACCUGAAAUGCAACGUAAAGAUAUUGUUCAUGGACUACGUGGGCAAAAAUAUGCAGUAUUUUGUAAUAUAGAAAAAAUUUAUGAUUUUCACAAACAUGUAUUUUUAUUAGAUUUGGAAAAAUGUUUUUCAAAUUUGUCACAAAUUGGAAAUUGUUUUUUGAAGCAUGAGAAAACAUUUGAUAUUUAUAGUCUGUAUAACAAAAAUAAACCGAAGUCAGAAGAAUUAAUGCUUGAUUAUGGAUCGUUUUUUGAGGAAAAGCGUUUAUCAUUGGGCCAUAGUUUAAAUUUAUCUAGUCUGUUAUUAAAACCGGUACAACGAUUAGCACGAUACUCAUUACUUUUAGAUAAAUUAUUAAAAGCAUGUGAAAUGGGUUCGGAAACAUAUACAAGUAUAUUAAAUGCCAAAGAAAUGAUCACAUUCACAUUACGCCAUGGAGACGAUUUGCUUGUGAUGGAUGGAAUAAAAAAUUGUGAUGUAAAUUUAAAUGAACAAGGAAAGUUAUUACGCCAGGAAGAAUUUUUAUUUAUUGAAGAAAAUGGAAAGAAAGCAUCGAAACGGCGGAUAUUUUUAUUUGAAGAGUUAAUAUUAUUUAGUAUUCCUAGCAAGACAAAUGUUAACGAAUUUACAUGUUGUAAUAGUAUGAAAAUGAGUGAUGUAGGUCUAACCGACUAUGGCGAUGCAAAUAAAUUAAUAAUUUGGUUUCGUAAAUAUCAAUUUCAAAAAUAUACAUUACAAGCAUAUAGUCCUGAAGUUAAAACUGCUUGGGUGAAUGAAAUUACAAAUAUUUUAAUGCGGCAAGCGGAACAAUAUAAAUUAACGAAACAAGCAGAGUUGGCAGCUUGUGGAAUUCUUAGUCAAACUAGAAUACCCAUACAAGAAGAAGAAUCCGAUGAAGAUGAACGUACCUCGAAUAAAAAAUACUAUUCAAUGCGAUCAUUGAAAGGUGUUGCCGGUGAAAUCAAACCGAAAAAAAUUUGUGAUCGAACCACAUGGUAUUGUACAAUGCGCACAGAUGAGUCUGAGGGUGCUUGAAAAACAAUUUCAAUGUAAUUGUAAUAAAUAAAAUUAUAAAUAUUUUGUUUUAUAUUAAGACUGAAUUAUUAUUCGUUUGUUAUUCUAAUUUAUUGUACA